AUGAUAAAUCCUAUUUUCAAAAAGAAAAACUAAAUAGAAUAGCUCGAAAAUAAUAUUAAAUCCUUAUAUAAACAGGGUUCUUAUAAGCUAUGCAUAUAGGAAUGCGAGAAACUUGCUAACAUAUAUGUAACAAAAAAAGAAAUAGUAUAUUUGUAUCUUGGUAAAUGCUACAUGAAUUUAGGAGAUUAUGAAAAGAGCAAAUAGUCGUUUAUUUAUUGUUUGAGUAUCAAUCAGCUCAAUCUUGAAUGCUAUAUUAACUUAGGUACUAUAUACGCUCAACUAAAUGAAUAUGAGUUAGCAUUUGACUAUUUUGAUAAGUAUGAGCAGCUUAUAGAGAAUGAUAAGAAAUCAAAAGAAUAUCCCAAAAGAAAAGUAGGUUUACUUUAAAAUUUAUGCAAUACUUGUUUCAUUUAGAAGGAUUAUGAUAAAACUGAAUAAUACAUUAAUUAGCUCUUAGAUAUAGAUCCAUCAAAUAAGGCAGCUAAAAUUAUCUAAGGUGAUAUUUUUUACAUGAAAGAGGAGUUUGAAAAGGCUCUUGAAAUGUAUUUCUAAGUGCUUGAAAAUGAUAAAAAUGCAAUAUCUGCUUGUUAUAAAAUAGGGAUGACUAACUGGAAAUUAGAAAAAUUUACAGAAGCAAUAAGUAAUUUUGAGCUAUGUUUAGCUCUUGAUAAGUAUUUUAUUGAUUCAUAUGCAGCAAUUGCUAUGAUUCUCCAUAGGCAUUUAGAAAAGUAUGAUGAAUCUCUAUUUAAUUUGAACUUAUAUUUAUAAUACAAUAAGAAAGACCCUUUAAAGAAUGUUUAGAUAUAUAUGGAGAUGGGAUAAAUAUAUGAAACUCUGUUUAAAUCAAAAGAUGCUAUUGAGCAGUAUAAAAAGGCGUUUGAUAUUAAUCCAAAUAAUGCAGAUCCUUUAUCAAAGAUAGCAAAUAUUUAUUUUGAAAAAAGGUAAGACUAUCAAGCUGCUAUCGAAUAUUAUGAAAAAAUUAUAAGAAUUAAACCUUCUUGCAAAACUUCCUUUAUAAGACUAGCUAAAUGCUACUUUUAACUAUAAAAAUAUGAUAAAUGCAUCUAAGUCUAUAAAAAUGAGCUUCUAUUAGACCCAUAUAAUUCGGAAACAUUUCAAGCUAUAGCUUUAUGUUAUUAAGAGCUAAAAAAUUACAAAGAAUCCGAUUUAUAUUUCUAGCUCUCUCUAUAAAUAAAUCCAUUUGAUAAUACAGUCAAGGAGCAAUACGAAAAGUUAAAAUAACUGAUAAGUGCCUAAAAUAAAUCAAAUUAGAAUAAAAAAUGA